UAAAACUAUACCGAUAUCCAUGCCCUACAUGCCAUUUUUUUUUUAGAAAUACUCAACGAAACUGCAAGAAUUUUUAUUCAACAAUUGCAAAAUUUUCCAAGUGGUUUUGCAACUAUUGGCGGAGAAAAAAGGUGCUAAAUAGGCGCCUGGAGCUGUGAGCGGUCAACCAUCAUUGCCCCGGAGUAUUUAGCACUUUUUUUAACGGCAAGUACUUAGCAACAGGUGGCAGAGGACUUAGUACUUUUUGGGAUGAGUUGUGCGGCGCCACGAUGUCGGACGCCGUGUGGACCCUGCGGGUCCGGUCUUAAGCCCUGCGGCGGAGGAGGUUGCUGCGGAUCUGGCUGCGGAGGUGGUUGUGGAGGAGGAUGUGGCGGUGGCUGCGGAUCUGGCUGCGGAGGUGGAUGCUGCAGUGGAUCCUGCGGAGGAUCCUGCGGCCCAUCCUGCGGCGGAUGCUGUGGCCCGCCGCCCUGUGCCGUGGUCUCGUACCGCCUGACCUGCGGACCCGUGGGUCCCCUGCUGCCCUGCAUGAAGUGCACCUGCAACUGCGGAUGCAGCGGCUCCUGCGCCCCGCCCUUCUAUUAUGUGCCGAACAAAUGCCAAAACUGCUGGGAGUGGGGCUGUUUCGGACCCCUGUACUAGCAGUACCCUGUUGUUGCACUUUUGAUGGAACUUUUCAUACUUGUGAAUGCAAUAAAUUCACGCGUCAGCCAGA